CCUUCCCAGAAACCGUCAAAUACAUAGCCGACAAUCCAAGGUUCCUGGGAAAACAUGUCCGAAUGUUCUACGACGAGAAACAUCACAAACUUAUGAUCAAGCUCGUAUCACACAUCCACGAAAUAGCACGCAGCUUGAUAUCCCGAGAAAUCGACAUCGCUGCAGACCGCAUGAGUAUCGUCCACGGCCUCGUACCAGAUGGUUCAAAGCGUGUCGUAUCAGGUCAAUAUACGAAAGAGCCCGCCUCUUCCUGGCAUCCUGCUACACUCCCACCUUCCAGGGAUGCAAAAUGGCCCUCAUUGGUGAUUGAAUGCGCAGACCUAGAAUCAAUUACUAGACUUCGAAUUGAAGCGGAAUGGUGGCUCACCCAAUCCGAAGGAGACGUCAGGGUCGUCGUUGUACUCAUUAUAUGGCCAUUCCGGUCAGGGAUAUCACUAGAGAAAUGGGUUCCGGAUCCGGAUGGAAAUUCGGGCUCUAAUGAUAGCACAACAGGUAAGGCGAAGUGUGUUCAGAGGAUUGAGUUGCAGUGCAGGUCAAAAAAUACGGCUAGUAUAGAGGUCAAUGGAGGGCCGUUGAGGCUUGAGUUUGAGAUGGUGUUCUUGAGGGCUCCUAAUUCUUCGAGGCAGCGUGAUAUUAUUGUGAGUGAGGAAGCAUUGGAGAGAAUUAUGGGGUUGGUAUCUGAUGGGAAUAUCUGAGUUGUUAUCUAGAAUAUUCUUGCUUCGAC